AUGCUGCAUGGAACUAUAGUCACUGGGGCAGCAACUUGGACGGUGCACAAAUAUUUUGUACUCUUAUCAGAGAUUUGGGAUGCACUCCGAGCCGCUGCAGAGGCUGACAUAAAUCUUGCACAAGCAAUUGUGGACAGUGCUGGUGUCAUUGUUCAAGCCCCAGACUUGACAGUUUGCUAUGAUGAGAGAGGCGCCAAGUACGAGUUGCCAAAGUAUGUUCUGAGUGAGCCAACUAACUUGAUUCAGGAAAGCUGA